CAGUCGAGCGCCCGAGCUCCUGUCCUCUGUUCGGAUUCGCUCGCCUGACGUUUCCUGCUAAUUUCGUAGAAAGUGUUGUUGACAUUUGACGAUUAUCGUUAACGAGUUUCGUGUUUGCUGUUCUUCUCUGGUUCGUACCAGGCUCGGCUGCGUUCGGACCGCGCUCUAUCCCGCGGCUGCUCGUUUAUAUUCGGCUCUUGUCGUUCGGCGGAAGAAUGGACGAAGCGGACUCGGCUACGAAGGCACUCGGGUUGGAUGAACCGCCCAUCGGCAUGCCGCCGGGGAACGGCUCGGAUACCGAGUCGGAGGCCGAAGUCACCACGAUGGCCGUGAUGGGCGAACCGGGAAACAUCGACAUGGGAGCCGAAUCCCUACCGAACCCAGACGAGGCCGAGGCGGCAUUCGCAGAGGUGACUGCUGUGACAGUGGCAGGUGUUCAUGCUGCAGACGACAACGUUUUUACCACAACGGUUGCCACGUCAGGAAGUCUCCCUGAACAUAUGCUGUGUGUCUCACAGAGUGGGAGGACAACCCUCCAGCUGGGUGAAGGUCUCAGCACCCAGAAGGCCACUUUGAUUGUAGUUCACACUGAUGGCAGCAUCGUGGAGGCUGCUGGCCUCAAGUCUGCUGCGGCCAUCGCAUCAGGCCGGCAGACUCCACCCACACCGCUGACUCCUCCCCAGGACAAAGACUCCUGCUCCAAGUACAACUGGGACCCCUCAGUCUACAACAACGAGCUGCCGGUCCGCUGCAGGAACACUAGCGGAGUCCUCUACAAGAACCGACUGGGAUCAGGUGGUAAAGGUCGCUGCAUCAGACACAACCAGCAGUGGUUCACUCCCACUGAGUUUGAAGGUCUGGCGGGAAGAGCGAGCAGCAAAGACUGGAAGAGGAGUAUCAGAUACGCUGGCAGACCUCUGCUGUGCCUCAUACAGGAGCGUAUCCUGAACCCCCAUGCUGCUUCCUGUACCUGUGCAGCCUGCUGUGAUGACCUGACAGGGUGUCCAAAGGAAGCAGACACUGUGGUAGCAGAAAACAUCAGUAUGCACCGUCACUGUUUGUUGGACGUUCUGUCUGUUUCCUCUCGCUGCUCGGUUCAGACUGGUCCAGUCCGCCUCUUCGUCCCUUACAAAAGACGGAAGAAGGACACCGAGCCUCCGGUCAGCCCCCCCAAAAAGGAACUUCCUGCCACCAAAAACAUCACGCUGACCCCGGGAGCCACAUUCACAGUGUCCCCGUCAGGACAGUUCACCACCUCCGGCACCUUGACCUUUGACCGCACUCCAACGGGUGAUGCCGCCGCCGCCGCUGCCGCUGCCAUUAUCUCAGAAGGGUCAGCGCCAAGCGAGGUGUUUGCCAGCACAGCAGUUUUGACUGCGUUGCCGGCGCUGGCCAUGUCUCCCCAGCCCGUUCAGGCCAAGAUGACAAUGGCGGCGGCUUCUCCGUCGGCAGGGCUGGUGAGCGGGCUGGAGGUGGGGCCUGUAGGGGGGGCAGGGACGGCGAUCAGCGAGGGACAGAAGAACACCUGGCUGUACUUGGAGGAGAUGGCCAACACGCUGCUGAGCAACGUCCAGCAGCUGAAGGCUCUGAUCGAACAGGCCAAAAACUGUGGAGGGGACACCGCAGGGGUCAGAUAUCAGGGAGGCAGGAAGGAGUGUGGUCUCAGUCCGUCAUUUCAGAACCAGAUCUCGUUUCAGCAGUCGGACGACUCGGAAGCCAAGAGAAGCUCUGACCUCACAGAGAUCAUCAUUAAUCAGAUGUGUGUGAACUGUGGUCGGGUGGCGAUGAGUGAGUGUACAGGCUGCCACAAAGUCAACUACUGCUCCACGUUCUGUCAGAGGAAGGACUGGAAGGAUCAUCAGCACACCUGCUGUCAGUCAGCAGGAGGCGUGGCCGUUCAGGAGGAGGAGCCAAUGACAGCCAUGGACAUGGACAAAGUGAAAUGAAGGUGUCCGCAGUCUGCAUGAAAACAUGAGCGGCAUGUCAACGAGCUCCUCAGACAGGACGCCCUUAUGUGGGCAAAGAUGAGAUUAUUUUUAACACAUCUUUUGUGGAGACUUAAAAUCUCGUCUCUGGAGCCGCUUUUGUGAAAGUGUCUCCUCAGGACGGCAUGAAAAGUCAAGUCUCUGGUCUCCUGAGAGUUGAACUUUAUGUAUAAUACCUGCACUGACUUUAUAUUUGUAUGGAGAAGGUGGGUGUCUAGUGGAUGUUAGAUGAACAGAAGCGCAACCCUGAACAAAAUUCAUAUUUCAUUAAUUAUUAAAAAAUUAAUUCACUACCAGUAUAUUAUGGCGAUUAUAGGUUGAAAAGAUGGUAAAAAGCUAUAUGGCACUGCUGAUUUUCAUUAUAGAUUAAUCUGUCAAUUAUUUUCUCAAUUAAUUUAGUUAAUUAUAUACCAUAGUGAUGAUUUUUAUUUCUCAUCUUCCCUCAGUGACUGUUAUCUCUGUUGUUUUUUUUAUUUCUGUGCCAUUUUAACUCUUGAUAAACGGAUUUAAAUCUACAGAGACUGUCCUGCUUAAAUAAAGGUCAGACAUGUCGAUAAAAUGAAAGAUAAUAUUAAAUUAAACCCACCCAACCUUGACCACUUCUUCGACAUGAAGGAUCUGUUGUUAAUGGUUAAUGGCAUUUUUUAAUCUUAUGAUUCAUGAUGAAUUGUGACCUGAUUUUGUUGUCUGGAUCAAAACCUCCUCAUGUUAUAAAGGUUUUUCUUUGUGGGGUUUUCUUCCAGUGAAAACACAGUUUUUAUUUUCACGUUAUGUGAACGUUUCAGUUUAAGUCUGUUUUCUAUAGAAAGUCCUGGAAGAUACUUUGUACAAGAUCUUGUGUGUUCAAGAAAUGAUCAUCUUUCAGGGUUUUGAAGUUUUGUAUUUUUCUGUUUUAAGUGGAAGCUCAGAAUGACAGAAACUAAACUCUUGCAGCAGUUAAGUGUGCAGAGUUUGCAUGCUGUAUGGCAACCAUGACAGAAAUCAGAGCAGUUUUUUUGACAGAUUUAUAGGGAAAUCCUGUAGUUUGAGUAAAAUGGACAUUUCCAUUUAAUUUUAGUUAGAAAUUAACCAUAUUCUGAACAGAAUUUACAUUUUAAAGUCCAGUUUGCAAAAUGUAUCUUGCCAAAAGAGUUUACAUUUUACUUUUGAUCUUUUUAAUAAAUUACAUUUAUGUUCUCCCCAUCUACUAAACUGCUGAACUAAAUAAAAUAAAAUAAAAUAAAUUAUUCAUUAA